UUUAUCAUUUUUUUGUAGUUUUCUGCAAUGCAGAUUGCAGCAACAAACGAUAGGCCUCUUUCUUUGUGCAUAAAUAGUCAACAGUCUCUGAAGCAAAACAUUCACAACGUUUACUUGAUAAGUGAGCAGAAAGUUGUAACGUUAUUAAAGGUGUGCUUGGACAUGUUGAGGAACCCUUUGCUGGAAACGGAUAUGUUAAGAAUUAUUAUCCUUAAGAUUAAACCGUUUUUGAAAUAUGAUAAUUCAACCUUGCAAUUAGAAGGAAUCAUAGGAGACAUUUGGAACGUGUUAGUGGAGAUGAAUGAUUUAAAAUACAAUAUAACAGUGGGUCCCUCAUUCGGUAAUAUAAUGCGAACAAUGCAGAAAGGUAAAAUAGACGUAUACGUUGGACCCGCAGCUGCAGAUACAUACAGAAGUAAUCUCGAAUAUUUUCAACCAUAUAUAAAAACGUGGAACAACCUUUAUAUAAAAUUGCCGGAUUUAAAAAUAAACCCCACGUAUUACAUUAAGCCGUUUUCUUUCAAUUUAUGGAUUCUUACGUGGAUUUCCUUUUUAUUUUUGAGCGCAUUCAUUUAUAUGGCAGGAAGGACUCUAAGAAAAAUCAACCCUUCGGAACCUUUAGUAUCGUUACCUAUUUGUUUUUUGGGAACAAUUUCUGGAUUUAUAAACCAAGGUUGCGAACUGAAAUUCAGCAGCUAUUCAGUCCGUAUAUUGAUAUACAUAUCCCUGAUAUUGGGCCUACUGUUAUACGUCGCUAUGAACGCUUUGCUCUAUUCUCAAAUGACGGUCUUCCGGAUCACCACGCCAGUUGAGACCUUAACGGAUGUAAUGAAGCAAACGAAACUGACACUUUGCAUCAGAAACAUGACUUAUGUCUACGGAACCUAUAUUGUAGAUAAAAAUGAUGUGAUUAAACCGGAGUGGAAACAAAUAGUCAACAGAGGACCAUGCAAAGUAUACAACAAAGCAUCAGAGGAAGCUGAAGAUAUAGCGAAUGUAAUAUGCAGGGAUGAUGUAGUCAUCAUGGAGAACAUUAUCGUAAUGUCGUCGUUUCUAAAAAAACACAGACCCGCCUGCAAUGUGAUUAAAUUGAGGAAGAACUAUUUCAGCACCUCGAACACCUUUUUUGCCUUGAAAUAUUUGAAGCAAUCCGAAUCUAUCAAGAGAAGUAUUAUAAAAUUAAAAAGUUCGGGAGUAAUGAGUCGAAUCAUAAACAAAUAUUUGGAACGAACAGACUAUGAAAAUAUCAUUCCCAAAAAAUGGUAUCCAAUCACUAUAAACCACGUAGGAGGUAUUUUGGGAUGGUAUUUUCUGAUGAUUGUACUUAGUUUGUUUAUAUUGUUUAUUGAAAUAAUUUGCAAGAAAAGGAGUGCUAGAAUUAGGUCUAUCCACGAAUAAUUUAAUGCAUUAGUUCAACAGACUCGUUUACAUUAGAAAAGUUAGUGCACUCACCUGAAAAAAGUUCCAGAAACUUUUCCACUCCGUAGUUAUUGGGAAACCUGUAGAGUGGAUCCUUCAAGGCGUCUAAUGUAUGAACUUUGAUCCUCUUCACCAUGAACGUAAUAUUGUCGUUCUUGCCGUCUUGGUUGAAGUCUG